UAAAAGUAUAGACCUCCACUUCUUGAACGAAAGGGACAGAGUCCACACUGAGCGGUUUACCCAGUUCUAAAGGAUAUCUACCACAAGUCCUAUCUUCCUGUAGAAAUGACACAUCCAGUGAUGAUAAAAUGGUUGGGACUGACACUUGUGCUCCUGCAUGCUGGGGUUCACGUGCAUGGCAGCAAUGAUGACGUUGAUCCAGAAUGCUGGACUCCAUGGUUUAACCGAGACGACGCCUCUGGUACUGGAGACUAUGAAACUCUUUCGGACCUGCAAAAAGAAAAUCCAGGGAAGAUAUGUGAACAUCCAAUCCGAAUGGAGGUUACAACUACAUCUGGAGCCAGUGUUGAUUCAACAGGCGAUGUGAUUCAAGUGUCUGACACAAACACUGGAUUUAUUUGUGAAAACGCUAACCAGACACACAAUGGCAGUUGUGCAGAUUACAAAAUCCGUUUCAUGUGCCCCCUUGAAUUCUGCGGACCUGAAGUGUGCAAGACCCCUUGGUAUAAUCAAGAUUACUCCGGUGAGAGUGGAGAUUAUGAGAUGCUUGAUAUGAUCUCUGCUGCAAACCCAGGUGAAAUUUGCGAUCUUCCACUUGGCAUUGAGGUCCAAACUGUAGAUGGAAAGCCUUAUACUUCAACAGGGGAGACCAUUGCCGUAAUGGAUACCGAGACUGGGUUCAUCUGUAAAAAUGAUGACCAGAAGGAUGGAGGCUGCUCCGAUUAUAAAGUUCGUUUCAUAUGUCCCCUUGAUUUCUGCAAAACAAAGGAGUAAUCAUGUGAAAUUAAACAACCCUUGAUUUCUGCAAAACAAAGGCGUAAUCAUGUGAAAUAAAAAGUUAUUCAAGCAAUCAAAA